UAUACUCCCGCACUUGCGUGGAUUCUUCAGCCAGUUGUGAGCUACAAGGACUUCGGUAAGUAUGUCUGCAAGAGCAAAUGUCUUAGCCUCCUUCAAAUAGAGCUCUUCCCUUAUCAUGUUGAUCCUGUUUCAUCUUCAGGCAAGUUCCUUUUUUGCAUUUUUGAUAUUCUUGUCGGAUGGAUGUACUUCGCGAUGAUGCCACCGAAAAGGAACGAGAAAAGCAAUGUAUCUGAAGAUGGUGGGAAUAGUGAAGAAGUCGUGCACUCCAAUGAUCCUACGUUACUCCAUGUUGUCAUUUUUUGGCUAGCAAAUCCUCUAACUGCGAUCAUAUCUGCGAGAGGAAAUGCUGAUGUAUUAGUGUGUGCUGCAGUGCUAUACACCCUAUAUUUGUUGAAGAAAGGCCAGUGGGUUGCUGCUGCCUUUGCACAUGGUGCAUUGGCUGUGCAUCUGAAAAUAUAUCCUCUAAUCUACUUACCUUCUAUAUUCCUGUAUUUGUGCCAGUUCUCUUUCGCUGGUGGACUUGUUGCCAGCGUGAAAAAACUAUUUUCCAAUUGGAAAGGCUUUACUUUUGUUGCGAUAAGUCUGGGUAGCUUUGGGGUGAUUGUUGCCUUCUUUUAUUACAUCUACGGUGAUCUCUUCUUGGAAGAAUUUCUGCUUUAUCACAUCAAAAGGAGAGAUAUCAAGCACAAUUUCUCGCCAUAUUUCUAUCCUCUGGCUUUGGUGGACCAGAAUGUGACUCUUUCGAAGAUUAUCGGUUUCUUGGCAUUUUUGCCUCAGGCUUAUCUCGUAGUCUACUUUGCAUUCAAGUACUAUCGUGAUCUGCCAUUUUGCUGGUUCAUCAGCACCUUUGCCUUUGUUACUUUCAAUAAAGUAUGUACGAGUCAGUAUUUUGUGUGGUACAUCGUAUUUUUGCCCUUGAUUGUGGCUAGAAUUAAGAUGACAACGAACGAAGCGGCACGUCUCAUACUGAUGUGGUUUGCAAGCCAAGCGGUAUGGCUCUUUUUUGCCUACCUUUAUGAGUUUCAAGGAUGGCAAACUUUGGAACUGGUGUUUGUGGCUUCAGUAGGAUUCCUUUUGACAAACAUCUAUGUAAUGGUCAACGUUCUUAAUGCAUACACGGGGUACUAUCGCGACCUGCCAUUUUGCUGGUUUGUCACCACCUUUGCUUUUGUUACUUUCAAUAAAGUAUGCACAAGUCAGUAUUUUGUAUGGUACAUCGUCUUUCUGCCCUUGAUUGUGGACAGAAUAAAGAUGACAACGAAUGAAACAACACGCCUCAUCCUGAUGUGGUUCGCAAGCCAAGCAGUAUGGCUCUUCUUUGCCUACCUCUACGAGUUUCGAGGGUGGCAAACUUUGGAGCUGGUAUUUGUGGCUUCAGUAGGAUUCCUUCUGACCAACAUCUAUGUACUUGUCAAUGUACUUAAUGCAUACACGGGAAUGACCGAUUCUGCCAAGGCUAAGAAGGCUUAAAA